UUUGACGCUCAUUUAAAAGGGCCUUGUUCCCAUCUACAGGCAAAGAAGCCUUCUCAUCUCACAGUUUGCCACAAAUCUCUCUUCAAACUCGAGGCGCUUCACCGGAGACGCACUCGUUCUUCCUCUCUCACAGACACAGUCGCAGGUUAUUGAAAAAGGCUUUAGAAGAUGGCAGAGACCGAGGAGAUUCAACCUCUUGUCUGUGAUAAUGGAACUGGGAUGGUCAAGGCUGGAUUUGCUGGAGAUGAUGCUCCAAGGGCUGUGUUCCCUAGUAUAGUCGGCCGCCCACGUCAUACAGGUGUGAUGGUUGGCAUGGGGCAGAAAGAUGCAUAUGUUGGGGACGAGGCUCAGUCCAAGCGAGGUAUUUUAACUUUAAAAUACCCAAUCGAGCAUGGGAUUGUCAAUAACUGGGAUGAUAUGGAGAAGAUCUGGCAUCACACUUUCUAUAAUGAGCUUCGUGUGGCUCCAGAAGAGCAUCCAGUUCUCCUCACCGAAGCACCUCUAAACCCAAAGGCUAACCGUGAGAAGAUGACACAAAUAAUGUUUGAAACCUUCAAUGCUCCUGCUAUGUAUGUUGCCAUACAGGCCGUUCUUUCUCUCUAUGCCAGCGGUCGCACAACUGGUAUUGUUCUGGACUCUGGAGAUGGUGUCAGCCAUACUGUCCCCAUCUAUGAAGGUUACGCACUUCCCCAUGCCAUCCUGCGUCUUGACCUUGCAGGCCGGGACCUCACAGAUGCCCUGAUGAAAAUCCUGACCGAGCGUGGCUAUUCAUUCACCACUACUGCUGAACGUGAAAUUGUGAGGGACAUCAAGGAGAAGCUGGCAUACAUUGCCCUCGAUUAUGAGCAGGAACUUGAAACUUCCAAGACAAGUUCAUCCGUUGAGAAGAACUAUGAAUUACCUGAUGGGCAGGUAAUCACAAUUGGGGCUGAGCGUUUCCGUUGUCCAGAGGUCCUUUUCCAGCCAUCCAUGAUCGGAAUGGAAGCUGCUGGUAUUCAUGAAACGACUUACAACUCUAUUAUGAAGUGUGACGUCGAUAUCAGGAAGGAUCUCUAUGGAAACAUUGUACUUAGUGGUGGAUCUACCAUGUUCACUGGCAUUGCUGACAGAAUGAGCAAGGAAAUCACAGCAUUAGCACCUAGUAGCAUGAAAAUUAAGGUGGUAGCUCCACCAGAAAGGAAGUACAGCGUCUGGAUUGGAGGUUCCAUCCUGGCAUCCCUCAGCACUUUCCAGCAGAUGUGGAUAGCAAAGGCAGAAUAUGACGAGUCUGGCCCUUCGAUUGUACAUAGGAAGUGCUUCUAAUGACAGCGAAAAUCCGGACCAGACCCCAUGGGAGAAAAUUUGCUGCUCGCUUUCCCUGUUCUUGGUUAAGCGCUUCUUUCUACCCUGUCAGUAUCUUAAGAUCUCUGGACAAUGACCUUCCCUGAUAAUUUCCAAUUCUUUGAUUGUUGUUUCACGUAACAGUUUCAGAUACGCUUGUUCCGAAUCCUCUAGGCAUAAUGUUAAUUCUGCAGUUGCUUAUUAUGCAAGGGAUUGUUUCAUAAUCGAAUGAAUAAUUAAACUCUCUAGUUGCUUCUCUUCGAAACC